AUGGGAGGUGGCCAUGGGGCAGCGACCGGGGGUUGUUCCCUCUUCGGCUUCCGUAGACGAGGUCGGGUGGACCUCGUCCGGGGUUUCGGCACCCCCCCCUUCCCCUUCCCCGGGGUCCGGGGGUGACAUUGCACCGCGCCCCUCCUGGGGUUGCGUCGCCGCCCCACGCGGACUCCCCCUCGGCGCGCAGCUCCCUUUCGCCUCCCUUGGCCGGGGUUCCCUCCCUCCCCCAGCUGCCCAGUCAUGGGGGCUGCUGUGUUUUUCGGAUGCACCUUCGUCGCGUUCGGCCCAGCCUUCUCCCUUUUCCUGAUCACUGUAGCUGGAGACCCACUUCGGGUUAUCAUCCUGGUGGCGGGAGCCUUUUUCUGGCUGGUCUCCCUGCUCUUGGCUUCUGUGGUCUGGUUCAUCUUGGUCCAUGUGACAGACCGAUCAGAUGCACGGCUCCAGUAUGGCCUCCUGAUUUUUGGUGCUGCUGUCUCUGUCCUUCUGCAGGAAGUGUUCCGUUUUGCUUACUACAAGCUCCUUAAGAAGGCAGAUGAGGGCUUAGCAUCACUGAGUGAGGACGGAAGAUCACCCAUCUCCAUCCGACAGAUGGCCUAUGUUUCUGGUCUGUCCUUCGGUAUCAUCAGUGGUGUCUUCUCUGUUAUCAAUAUUUUGGCUGAUGCACUUGGGCCAGGUGUGGUUGGGAUCCAUGGAGACUCACCCUAUUACUUCCUGACUUCAGCCUUUCUGACAGCAGCUGUCAUCCUGCUGCACACCUUUUGGGGAGUUGUUUUCUUUGACGCCUGUGAGAGGAGGCGGUACUGGGCUUUGGGCCUGGUAGUCGGGAGUCACCUUCUGACAUCAGGACUGACAUUCCUGAACCCCUGGUAUGAGGCUAGCCUGCUGCCCAUCUAUGCAGUCACCGUUUCCAUGGGGCUUUGGGCGUUCAUCACAGCCGGAGGCUCCCUCCGAAGUAUCCAGCGCAGCCUUUCGUGCCGCCGGCAGGAGGACAGUCGGGUGAUGGUGUACUCUGCCCUGCGCAUCCCACCCGAGGACUGAGGGAACAUGGGGGGGACCCCUGGGCCUGGGGUGCCCUCCCGAUCUCCUCGUCCCGUAUUUCUCCAUCUCCAGUUCUGGACAGUGCAGGUUGUCAAGAAAAGGGACCUAGCUUAGCCAUGGCCCUGGAGAUGAAGUUACUGGAGGCUCGAGGGUAGAUGAGUUCAGUUCAGUGUCUCCUGCCCAGACUGGACAUCUUGGUCUUUUUCUCAGGUCUGAAAGGAACCAUUUUUUGGUAUGAUAAAGACCCCAAAAUGCCUUUUUUUAAAGUGGGGAGAGGGAGGAGGUACGCUGGGAGCCUCUUUAACCUCCAUAGGCUGUGUUUGCUCCCGAAUCUGCUGAUGGUGGCUCAUUUCUCUCCUGUUUUCCCUUUGGUCCCAGGCCCUGGGGGAAAGGAAGGAAGUGCAUGCUUGGGGACUGGUCCCACUGGAAGUCUAGCCUAACGUCCAUGGCCGUCAGCACCCCUCCUUUCCCCAAGGUGAAGUGGAGGGUGCUGUGGGGGCCGGCCCACUCCAUGGCAGUGACCUGAAGGAGUCAGACUACCAUGGCAUCGCAGGCCCAGAGGGCAGACAUUUUUUCUAGUUUUUAAUUGGGUGUGGGAGGGUUGGGGAGGUUUUCUAUCACUGUGUUGUUUUUCUGCUGAGGGUGGAAUAUUCUGUCCUUUUAAUCAAGGUGAUUGUGAUUUUGACUAAUAAAAAGGACUUUAUAAUUGUGGGGGGACUUGGCUUUAAGAGGGGUAAUGGAUUGAGAUUUCUAGCUCCGGAUGGCUCUGGUCCAUCCUCCCUAGCCAAGUGCCCGUGAUGUUCACUAUUGAUGUGAUGAGAGAAGCAUCGUUAGUGGUGUAACUUGUGGAAGUCAACUUCCUAGAAGGAGGGAAGGAGGUCUCCCUUGUCCAGGAACAGGAUACAAGGAGUUAAUUAAUCAUACCCCUCCCCCUUCUCUUUCUCUAUGUCUAUCUCUGCCACUCAACAGACAGAGGAACUCUCCCAGUCUUGAAAGCCACAAAAAACAUUCAAGAAUUAAGGUCAAAGACUUUUAAUUUUCAAACAUACAUUGAGCAAAAAAUAAUUAAAAUCCCAGCAGCAGCCCUUUUUUCCUAGAGGAAAAAAACCUACAACGUGUAUCUAAGGGAGAGAACAUGGCGGUGUGAGGUGAAGGAUGGCAGAGUUUAUCCUCAGCUUCUUCCUAACCAAACAUGAGAACAGGGAAUCUCCUCAUCUACAGCUUUGAAAGGCCAAAGGCUCAGCCCUUCCUUGAAGAGCUGGGGUCCCUGGUGUAUGUGUAUAGAGAAGUGGUACCUAGAAGGACACGUGCCUGCCUACAACUGGUCGUCCAGUGCCUGCAGCUCUCAGAGAGGCUCCCUGGCAGGAGGAGAGGAAGGCAUCCGCAGCAUCUUGAGACAGAGUUCACGCCUCUGUGGUAGCCCGAGCAGAGGUGAAAACCACACUUUUCCUGUUUCCCAGCCGCUUCUUCCUGGAAAGGGGAGCAAUGGUUCAUGGGAGUGACUAGCCUCCUAAGUGAGAGUAGACAUAGAAUAGGAAAUACAUUAAAAAAGCCUCAAUAAGUAUAUAAUCAUGACCUUAAACGUUCUCUUUUCCCCACCUCCUGAGUACAAGUAUGUGCCAGCAGGCCAGGUUUAUGUGGUGCUAGAGAUCAAACCCAGGGCUUGGGCACACCCGGCAAGCACUCCGCCAACUGAGCUACAUACAGCCUCAGAGAAUUUCGUUGGAGCAGGGGGUUGGGGGUGGGGGAGACUGGGUUAUCUCACUAUGGAGACCAGGCUGGCCUUGAACACAGAGAUCAUCCUGCUUCCAACUCCCAAGCGUUGGGAUUAAAGUUAUGCACUACCA